AUGAAAGGGGCUAACCUUUUCCCCGGACGGGCCGCAGGCAGGGUGAACAACGGCGGCGGCGGCGGCAGAAGGCCUUUGCCCAGUGGCGACUGUGUUGGCGGGAAGCCCCCGAGCGCUGGGCUGAGCCGUUGGAAACCCCGGCCAGGCGCAGGGCGUGGGCACUUGGCACGUAGCGGCUGCGCCCCCCGCGCCACACAGCGCCAUCCCGCGCCGGCUGACCAAAGCAAGCGCCGCCGCCGCCGGACUCUCGCCUCGCUUCUCCCACGUGCGCAGCCGGCGGGCUAUCUAUGCCGCCCAGCCCGGGCCCUGGCAGGCGGAGAGGUCCCUUGCGUCGCCCCGCCGCUGCCCGAGCCUCGUCCCAGCAGCAGCCAGGCGCCCCUGGGAGCCGCGUUGCAGAAGCCCGUCAGAAGUAGCGACAGGAAGGGGAGGAAGCAGCUCGUACCCGCCGCCGCCGCCGGCCCAGCUGCUCGUGCGCCGCUGCAGGCAUCACGCCACGGGAGGAAGGCUGCUGCUGCUGCUGCUGGCCAACUCGCCGCCGCCGUUGCUCGUUUACGGUGUUGCGGUUUUGGCGGGGGCCCCUGCUGGGGAGAGCCGGCGCUUGAUCUCCCAAGAAAGCCAACAGGAACCAGGAGUGAAGCUUGCCUUUUCUACCAUUGCCAGACCCCGUCUCCAGCACUGGCCCCCCUGAUGGCAGUUGGCACUUCACUGUGAAACCUGCCAAGCUGGACGCC